AUGGGUGCGGGAGAGAGGGCAGGUAUCCAGGUAGAAUGUGAAGGAAUUUCCAAACAUUGCAUCAACAUUGAUGAUUUUGUUUUAAUCAAAAGUGAAGAUGAGGAUCAACCAUAUGUGGCUAAAUUGCUAAAGUUAGUUGAGGAUGGUACCCAACAACAUCCCACCAAGACUGCAGUGGUUCAGUGGUUUACUCGUAUUGAGGAAAUACCAAAACCAAAACAGAAACUGUUGGGAAGAGAGGCCCACCCUAGGGAGGUCUUCUUGUAUGAAGUCCCUAAUUGUGACGAUUGUAUCAGUGCAGAGACCCUGAUUAAGACUGUAAAAGUUUUCCAGAUUGAUCCCGAGGAACCAUUUCCUUCCAUUGAAGCUGGUGAUGAUGACUCUCUGUUUGUUAAAUUAAACUGGGAUGGAAAAAGUUUUAAUGUGCUACCUAAAAAUACCUUUUCCGUAAAGAAAACUAAUAAUCACCAUAAAAAUUUGGAUUCAUUACCCCGGAGGGUACAGAAGGUGUCUCGUCAGAAUUCUGUUCCAAAGCAGCAUGCUGUUGUUGGGGACUGGUGUGACUCAGAGGUUUACAGUAUUGUCAGUGGAGAUGGAACAUUAAGCAGAAAUGUUAUUAACCACAAUUCCAAACAUGGUGCUUCCAGAGUGAAUGAGGGAAAAUCUAAUUGCUCUGGUCAGAAAAAUUGCAAUGAUAGGAAGCGGAGUACAGAAAUCACAAAUGUGGAGAGCAGCAGUUCAAAAGUUAGGAGGAAGCUUUCUCUUUCUGAUUUUAAUGAGAGUAAGCUAAGAAAUAUUUUAUCAGAAUUGUUAGAUGAGGAUGGUGAUGGGGAUACUUUUUCUGCAAAAGUGUCUCAGCUGAUGGAAUCUGCGACUAUGAAAGACACAGAAGAUUUAACUGGCAUUUCAGAUGAUGCUUUUUCACCCAGUAAGAAGUUGCAAGAUGAGUCACCUAGAAAUUAUACCAUCUGUCCUGUUAAACUGAUUGAAGACGAGGUGAACAAUAAAUUUCCCACUUUGAACUUGACACCUAUUCACGUCAAUCCAAAAAUUAAGCAACAAGUCUUUUCAAGCCAGUGCCGAAAGAAUGGCGAAAUAACUGAUUUUCAGAAGCCAAAGAGAAAGGAAAAUGAAAGUAAGAUAGAGAAUAUCACUGAGACUCCAAGGUCUCGAAGAAAGUCUGCACAGAGCUGUUUAGCUGUUCUGAAACAGUACUUAAAAAAUGAUCAGGAUAACGAAGUGUCUGAUGAAAAUGAAUUCCUUCCUGACCAAGAAGAAAGGAGUGAAAACAGCAGUGAGAAUGAGGAGGCAGAGGAUGGUGUACAGUACAGUAAGAAAUCAACAAAGAGGGUUGUUUCUAAAACACCGAAUGCCACAGCAAAGAAGUCGAGAAAAACUCCAAGCAAAAUGCCUGUGUCACAGUCUCUAAGGACACCCUACUAUCCUACUCCUAGUAUUCCUCUGAGGAGCCAGCAGGCUAAAACACCUGGGAGCAUAUUGGAAGAGGCCAGAGCAAGAUUGCAUGUGUCUGCAUUACCAGAGUCUUUACCCUGCAGAGAGCAAGAAUUUCAAGACAUCUAUAACUUUGUGGAGAGUAAAGUGAUUGAUGGUACUGGAGGAUGUAUGUAUAUUUCUGGGGUGCCAGGGACAGGAAAAACUGCAACAGUGCAUGAGGUGAUGCGAUGUCUGCAAUAUGCAGCGAAAGAAGAUGACCUUCCAUCCUUCCACUUCAUAGAAAUCAAUGGCAUGAGGCUUACAAACCCUCAUCAGUCUUAUGUGCAAAUAUUGAAGUUAUUGACAGGACAAAAUGCCACUGCAGACCAUGCUGCUGCAUUGCUUGAAAAGCGGUUUAGUACACCAGCACCAAAGAGGGAGACCACAGUGUUGUUGGUGGAUGAGCUUGAUCUUCUGUGGACCCGGAAACAGAAUGUUAUGUAUAAUCUGUUUGAUUGGCCAGCACGAAAGCAGGCAAAAUUAGUGGUUGUGGCAGUAGCCAACACGAUGGACCUGCCAGAGAGGAUCAUGAUGAACCGGGUAGCAAGCAGACUGGGACUGACCAGAAUGUCAUUCCAACCAUAUACCUACAAACAGUUGCAGCAAAUCAUUUCAUCAAGACUCAACCAAUUAAAGGCUUUUGAAGAUGAUGCUAUUCAGUUAGUAGCCAGAAAAGUAGCAGCUCUGUCUGGUGAUGCAAGGCGUGCUCUCGACAUUUGCAGGAGAGCUGCUGAAAUAUGUGAAUAUUCAGACACUCGGCAAACUAUAUCCAAACUUGUGAGAAUGCCUCACGUGAUACAGGCUCUCGAUGAAAUGUUUUCCUCACCCUACAUUACUGCUAUAAGAAAUGCAUCUGCCCAGGAACAAAUGUUUAUGAGAGCCGUGCUCGCUGAAUUUCAACGACGUGGGCUAGAAGAAGCAACAUUUCAGCAGAUCUACCAGCAGCAUAUUGGACUAUGUAGAAUAGAAGGUCUGCAGCCUCCAACAAUGUCCCAAACUAUGUUGAUUUGUACAAAGCUUGGCGCUUGUCGUCUACUUCUUGUUGAAUCUAGUAAAAAUGAUCUUUACAUGCGAGUACGAUUAAAUGUUAGCCAAGAUGAUGUCAUGUAUGCUUUAAAAGACUAAUUUGUUAAAUUUCUGUAAUGCAAUAUGAAUUGUACAGUGUGUUGUAGUGUGUUGUUUUAAUAUUGUAAUUCUUAACCAAUAUAAAUCUUUUUAACAACUUCAGAUUUUCUAUAGAAAUCUUUAGGGAUAAGGUUAUUUUAAGCUCUUUGUAUAAUAAAGAAUUCUGAAAUCUGCAUUA